UCAUUCAUUCUUUCCCUCACACCCUUGGAAAAACCCUCGUCACCCCAAAGAAAGAAAGGAAGACAAGGCACUGAUCUCUUGUUCGCUCCUCCUUCACAAGACGAUGGAACUCGAGCAGCCCAGCUCGAUGAGGCAUUCGCAUCUCAAUUCCAUAAACGAGUGCACCAACCCAAGAAAUGGCGAGGGCAGUCCAUCACCAUCGCCAACGCCGGGGAAUGAUCUGUGCAAGCACUCGGAAUCCUUUCGGAAGCUCGGAGCGGGACUCCCGGCGGCGGACAGCGUGGAGAAGAAGCUUGCGUGGAUCCGGUCUCAGAUUAUCGGCGGGGACGCCGAGUUUGACUCGCCGUUCGGCAGGCGAAGGAUCACGUACGCCGACAGCACCGCCUCCGGCCGCUGCGUCCGCUACGUCGAGGACUUCAUCGUCGACAACAUCCUUCCGUUUUACGGUAACACACACACGUCCGACAGCCAUGUGGGUCACCGGACCACCAAGACGGUGCACGAGGCCUCGAGCUACAUCAAACGGUGCUUAGGAGGUGGACCCGAGGACGCGAUCUUGUUCUGCGGAUCAGGAUCCACCGGGUCGAUCAAGCGGCUCCAGGAUGUCAUGGGCAUCGCGGUGCCAUCGAUCCUCAGAGAGAGGAUGACCAAGUGCAUGCCAAGCGAAGAGAGAUGGGUGGUCCUAGUCGGGCCUUAUGAGCACCACUCGAACCUUCUCUCAUGGAGGCAAAGUCUAGCAGAGGUCAUAGAGAUUGGACUAGACGAAGAUGGUUUGAUGGACAUGGAAGAUUUAAGGCAAAAACUUGAAUCUUAUCAAGAUGCAAACAGGCCAAUUCUGGGUUCUUUCUCAGCUUGCAGUAAUGUCACUGGGAUUUAUACCGACACAAGAGCUGUCACAAAGCUGCUUCACCAAUUUGGUGCCUUCGCUUGCUUUGAUUUUGCAGCUAGUGCACCUUACGUGGAAAUCGACAUGAGAUCGGGAGAAAUCGACGGCUAUGAUGCUAUGUUCCUCAGUGUGCACAAGUUCCUAGGUGGACCUGGGUCUCCAGGAAUUUUACUCAUGAGCAAGGCUCUUUAUCAGCUUGGAUCAUCUCCCCCAUCAACCUGUGGAGGAGGAACUGUUGAUUAUGUGAAUGGCUUCAAUGAAAAGGACACAUUAUACGUGGAAGACAUCGAAGAAAGAGAGAAUGCUGGGACUCCACAGAUUAUUCAGAUCACAAGAGCAGCAUUGGCAUUUUGGCUGAAAGACUACGUGGGAUAUGAAGUGAUUGAGAAACUGGAGCACAAGAACAUCAAAGAAGCAAUCAAAAGGCUCUCAACAAACAAGAACAUAGAGAUUCUUGGGAACAAAACAGCUAAGAGACAAGCAAUAUUGUCUUUCCUGAUAUACUCAACAACUAAUUCACCACCAGAUGGUGAUAAGAAGGGAACAGAGAGAGGGCUUUACCUGUGGGGAGAAACGGGGAAAGAAAGAGACAAGCCUCUCCAUGGACCUUUUGUUGCCACUCUCCUCAAUGACCUCUUCGGCAUUCAAGCAAGAGGUGGGUGCGCUUGUGCCAGUCCAUAUGGUCAUGCCCUCCUUGGCAUCAGUGAAGCUCAGUCCCAUGCAUUUAGACGUGCCAUUCAAGAGGGUUUUGUGGGAGGGAAGCCUGGAUGGACCAGAGUCAGCUUUCCCUACUACCUUUCGGAGGAGGAGUUUGAGUACAUUAUUGCUGCACUGGAGUUUGUAGCCUCUUAUGGCCAGAGGUUCCUUCCACUCUAUCAUUUCAACCUGAAAACUGGGAACUGGACUUUCAAAAAGGAGGAGUUCAUGGAGAUUGUAGGGGAAGAAAGAAAGGACAGAAUUUUUAUCUUAAAUGACAACCAGGCUGGUAAAAAUCUCAAUGGAGAUGCUAAACAUGAGAGCCUCAUUGCCAAGUACACCUCAUAUUGGGAGAGUGCAAAUCAAAUUGCAGGCCUCCUCCCCAAAUUUCCCUCCCUGCGCAGGCUAAAGGUAGAAAUUGAUUCAGAGCUACUGUACUUCCGCAUCUAGUGGAAGACUUUUGAAAGAAUAUUAAAUUGAAUAAAGGCAUGUACAAAGUCUAUUCUGAUGGAUUAUGCAAUUUUU